AUUACUUUAAAAGGAUUCAAUCUCUACUGCAAGGAUGAUGAUAGCCACAACCGUGCCAGUGGCGGUGUGGCUAUUUUGAUUUUAAAUCGCAUUCCAUCCUUAUUGGUACAAAUAACAACAGAGAUACAAGCUGUGGCAGUCAGAAUUUCAAUUGGCAUAACUGUCACAGUUUGCUCUAUAUACUUGCCACCAGAUGUCAGAGUCAAGGAGAAUGAACUGGAUGCCUUGGUUGAACAGCUGCCAACACCAUUCCUUUUACUUGGUGAUUUUAAUGGUCACAAUUCUAUGUGGGGCAGUCCUGACAUUAACCGUCGAGGCAGGGCCAUUGAGAGAUUUAUAGGUAAUCAGCAACUGUAUCUAUUUAAUACUGGAGAAGUAACAUACUUCCAUGCCCCAUCAAGAACAUUCACUGCCAUUGAUAUAUCAUUAGCAACUCCGAAUUUGUUUUCAGCAUUUUCAUGGGAGGUUGGAUCUAAUCCACUCUAUAGUGACCACUUCCCAAUAGUUUUAAAAUAUCAAGGCAGAGAAAGCUGUGAAACAGCCUGUCCACCACGCUGGAAACUGGAAACGGUAGAUUGGCCUGCAUCCUCCUCUUUGGCUAACAUCACUGAGGAAAUGGUCAAUACUGCUGAUAUUAAUGAUGCAGUUGAAGUUGUCACUUACAGUAUUAUUCAGGCAGCAGAAAAAACAAUGGGAAAGACAUCAACUAGAUACUUAAAGCAUCCGAAAUUAUGGUGGGAUUAGAAUUGCGAGGUAGCAUUUAAAGCAGAAAAG